AUGAAUCCACAUGUAAUGCACUCCAUUGAAGAGCUAAGUUAUGUAAAAGAUUUGAACAACUGGAGUAAUAAUAAUGUUCAGUUUAUUGGGAAACUUCUGCUGGGUAUUGAUGGGGUGUACAUGUGUGAAGGAAUAGAAAAGAAUUCAUCUGUCAAGAUUGCUGUAGAUUUUUCACUGACUGCUCAGAUACCUCCCCGUAACGCUGUCGUCCGCAUAUGGGGUGAACUUGAAUUGAAACAUAUUGAUAACCAGACAGUGACCAUGCCGUUUAUCAAAGCCAAGAUCGCACGUGUCAUUAAAUCAGUCGAUAUUCCGCUCUAUCGAAGGUCAUUGGAAAUUCGUCGCGAGUAUGCACCUCACAAUUACGUCUCCUUGACAUCGACCAGCAAAAAACCGAUUCACUAAAGAUU